GCCUAAUGUACAUCCCCGACCUCUAAAGACGUGAUCCCGACUGUUGCCUGUGUCCCUCACUUCAUGCUUUUGUGGGUUCUUGCCUUGUCGGCCAUGAUCAAGCCAUCUCGAAUUUGUUAAGAGAUAUGAUUCAUGUGAUCUUCGCGCAUUAGAGUUACUUAGAUCAGGUAUCGAUCGCCUACCAAGUUCCUUUAUGCGACGUUUGUAGAUGAGCGAACAGACUGUGUAUUAAUAAAGGAACAAAAGGGCUAGCAAAAUUUCAUGUAUAGCCUUCCGAACCCAGGCCGCAUUAGUCGGAGAUACACAGACCCAAACAUACACAAGAUGGAUUACCACGAGUACGAGCCACUUCACUUCAACGAAGGGGCGCAUGUGCGUGAACCAGACUACAGACGCCUCCCUUUCGAAGAUCUAGGAUUCAUUAACAAUGGAGCCUUUGGAGCCGUAUCGAAGGUUAGAGACAGAAACAACGGAAAGGUCUAUGCGCUAAAGAAAUUGAGAAUUUCAAGAAAGGUGUCGAGGAAUGAUUGUAUGCGGGAGGCGAACAAUACACGGAGGCUUCGACAUGUGCAUUUGAUAAAAACGUAUGCCUCUUACGAGACCGGCCCAAAUUUCGAAGAAUUUGGUAUACUUACGAAAUUCGCCGAGCAGGGCACCCUCAGUGACUAUCUUGAAAAUUACAUCGAGAGACCUUCAGAACGAAGAGCUAGUGCGCUGUGGAACGCUUUCGGCUGCCUCGCAAAUGCUUUGGCAUUCAUUCACGAGAACAGAACAAGACAUUGCGACAUAAAACCCGAUAACAUUCUAAUCAGUGAAGAUCGGGUUCUUAUUGCUGAUUUCGGCCUCGCGUUCGACUGGACUGCGCUCGAGCGGGCAACAACGAUGAACGAUGUGCGCGGCACCCUACGAUAUUUCGCUCCAGAGCUCGAAAAUGGCGUUGCGAAAAAUCAAGGUACCGACGUCUGGGCUUUAAGCUGCGUAUACUUUCAAAUGAUCAUGGCUUUGACGUAUCCAACUGAAACCACGUAUAUGUCAAUAGGGUUCUGUUAUCGAGACAGAUUAGAAUAUGUACUCGAGUGUUUGAGCAGCAAUAAAGUCAGCGCUGCGCAGCCGAUCAUUCAUGCAUGCUAUCUCAUGUUCGAGACUGAUAUGCGUAGACGUGUGUCUGCGCAGAGUAUAUCCGACAGGCUCAGCGCAGAUGUCGAAGCCAGCAAAUACUUCUGCUCAUGCUGCAUGGAUCAGAGCUAUCGGGGGACAUCAAGUGGAAACCAGCAACUGCCACAAGUCGACCGGGCCCACGACUACAAUUUCGAACAACCGCCGGCGCCUACUCGACAGUCGACAUUUGGUAGCUGGCAUACUGCCUACAGCUGCGACAGUAGAGACGCCGAGGAUAGGGACGCUUCAAUAAACCAACCACCGCCAUUAACCUGGUCACAUGGCUCAGCAAGCCAGAAUACUAUCGCAAGUGAACCAAGAACUUCCCCUUCUUUCGAGCAAUGGGCAUGGUCAGAAGAGCACAAUAGAUACUACAGACCAAUAUGGAAAGAUGGUGCGAACCCCGUUCAUACAAGUGAUAAUAACAACCGCUGACGAUACCAGGAAAAUGGACUUAUGAGUGGGACUAGCUGCCAAUUUUGUCUGUUUGUAUAUUCGAGCAAUGGACGACAAUAAAGACACGCACC